UUUACAUACCUGUUGUGACGGAACCACUUCGAAUAGACUCUCUAUCAUUCACCCCCCAAUAAAUUGUAUUGAUAUCAUUGUUGUAUACUGUCCGAUGUAAAAGGGCAAUCAGACUGCAGGUUAUACAAGAAAUUAAUGGUAUUAUCAAACUAUUUUAAUGUGUGCCAUUAAGGACCGAUGGACAUGAUAAGUGAAUAAACAUAAAACCUAAAUCAAUGCCUAAAUGUAGAAAUCGUUGAGUUGUAAAGUUUAACUACAUAUCCCAUAAUCACCUUUUCCCCCCGUUGGUAUGGAAGCCCUUGGGUCCAAAUAUAGUGUUUGCACAUCCGCGCUACCGCUACUGCUACUCUUAAAGGAGACGCAUCCCAAACGGGCCGAUACUUGGGUUAAGAAAUAUGAGGUUUGCUAUCGCUUUAAGAAGUAGAUCAUGUUGAAUGUUGGUAAAAUUAAAUCGUCAUAUAACGUUAAUUUUGUUUUAUUUAUAUGCGAGUUAUUGAAAUGCUUGCGUAGUGACUUAACGUUGCCGUUACUCUACGACCGAGCUAACAUAACUUGGUCCCAAAAGGGCCUUCAAUGUUACGUUGGUAAUAACGCUAAUUACAUGUUCUAUCCUCAAAAAUAACGUCACGUCAACUGACGCCAAUUACAAAAGUCCCUAAGGGUCAUAACCGUUAAAUAUGAGCAGCGUGGAAGACGACGUUUCUGGUAUUCGUCCCGGGACUGAGACAACCGGAGACUCAACGGAGGCCGCAAAACCAUCCCCGGACCCGACUGAACCGUCAAGCGGGAGAAGAGGAAGUAAAAGGCUGGCGAAAACCCCAGCGGCCUCGCCGGACUCCAGCGGCUCUGCGGCGACAUUUCGAGUUUUGCGAGCAAGGGCAGUUGGAGCUGGCAAAAGUGCCGGUGGUAAUUCCAAGAAUGCCGCUUGCACGCCAACGCCUUACGUUAAGAGUGUGCACCGUGGGCGUGGGAGACCUCGCUCAAAAAUCACACCACCUGCGGGAAAGAAAUCCACGUCCAAAAAUGCAUCCAAACACACUCCUGGUUCCAAGCUGCCUAAAGCUAGCGAAAACAAAGGAAGACCUUCAAUCCAGGCCUCUCGUACCACGCCAGCAACCGCUUGCAAACCUGAAGAAGAGAUGGCCGCCGAGGAAACCCGUUGUUUGAAAGGAAUCAAUGACAGCCUCGCAGGUCCAGAUGCAGCUCUUGACGAGGACCCCCCAUUCAGAGAUGACCCAAAUGACUGCAUCUAUAAACCUGAGACCAAGACGGAAAGAACCAGACGGAAUACAAUAUUAAAUCAAAAGGAAGUCAAGAAAGAGGAGUCGGAAAAGGAGGAGGAGGAGGAGGAAGAAGAUGACAUUAAAAAGGAAGAAUCAACAGAGAUUGUUGUGCAAUGUGGAGAUGGAGUGGGUGAUAACCCAGAGCCACCCAGGAAGAGAGGUAGACAACAAAAAGAUGGCAAACUCCCUCGGCUGCCAAAACAAAGGAAAAAGCCCCCAGUGCAGUAUGUGCGCUGUGAAAUUGAGGGCUGUGGUACUGUCUUGGCCCACCCACGUUACCUACAGCACCAUAUCAAAUACCAGCACUUGCUUAAAAAGAAGUAUGUGUGUGAUCACCCCUCGUGUGGCCGAUUGUUUCGUCUGCAGAAGCAACUGCUGCGCCAUGCAAAACAUCAUACAGAUCAAAGGGACUACAUCUGUGAGUAUUGUGCUCGUGCCUUCAAGAGCUCCCAUAACCUGGCUGUGCACAGGAUGAUUCACACGGGAGAAAAACCAAUCCAGUGUGAGAUAUGCGGCUUCACCUGUCGCCAGAAGGCCUCCCUAAACUGGCACAUGAAGAAGCACGAUGCAGAAUCCUCCUACCAGUUCUCUUGCUCCAUUUGUAGCAAAAAGUUUGAGAAAAAGGACUCCGUCGUUGCACACAAGGCCAAGAGCCACCCCGAGGUGCUCAUAGCUGAAGCCUUGGCAGCAAAUGGGGGCUCAGUGAUAUGCAGCCCCGGCCUGAUCCCCGAGCCCGCCCGGGCGCCCUCCCCGACCCAAGAGACUGCCCCGGAGCUCAGGCAGAACCCAGAGACCGUCCCGGUCCUCACCCAGUCCUACCAGCCCAAUGUCGGCCAGGAGAACCAGGGGACGAGUACGCUCGCUCCACUGCAGCAGGUGGGGGACCCGCUCGCCCCACAGACUCAGGUAGAUGGAUCUCUGGGCCAGUUCCUCCAACUGCCCACGCACCAUGUGGUAGAGGUGGCCCAUCCGCAGCAAGCCCCCACCUUGCUGCACCUCACGGCUGCUACGCCUACAAACUUCUCCAGCGUUGGCCACCCCCAGCUCCUCCAGCUCACCGCCCUCCCUGCCUGCACCGCUGCCCCCACGGCCUCUGCGGACCCUCAGAGCACCCUGCUCACACUGAGCUCCGUCACCACACUGGCCUCCACGGCGUCUCUGGCUUCCCAGCAGGCUUUGCAGUGGGGCAGGGAGACUGAUGGGAGUGAACCGUUACCCGGAGAGGGCGAGCUGUGGGAGAGGGUGGUGGUGGGUGGCGCUCAUCAGGAUGUCGGGGAAAUGAUGUGGCAGGGUCACGAGGAAAGAAGGAAGGAAGAUGAGGGGAUUGUGUGGGAGAGGGAAGGAGCGAGGCCGGUUCUUUUACAGUGUGCAGAGGUUAAUGCAGAAAGUUUGAUCUAGAUGAAGAAAAAAAGCGCACACACACGACAGGAUCAUAACAGGAACUUUAUGCAGGGAGGUUUGGCUUUAAGAAAGGAACAAAAGACCGAAGAACCUGUCACAAGCUGAAGCUGAUGUUUGAAAUUAUAGAUAUGUCUCCAGGGAGAGUAACAAAGUAGUUAACUAUAGAGAGCUACUUGUAUCAGGGAGUAUGUAUUUAUUAUAUUAUUGAAAAUGUACACUUUUUACUACCUACUGAAUAUGUUGAUUUUGUGACGUGUGUUUAUAUAAGUGUGUGUAUAUAUAUAUAUAGAUGUUAGAUGAAGAAGACUACAGGAUCAUGGUACAUGUUGUGCAAAAAAAUUUAAAAAGACAUUUAUACCCCUCAUGUCCAUAUGUGAAUGAACUAGUGUUAUUAACAUAAUUUGGUCAACUCUAGUAGUUUUAGAUACCUACAGAACAAAUUAACUGUGAGCAACAAUUAAAACCAAACAAGAUUCUUAAAGUAAAAUAAUCUUUAUUGUGAGAUGCAUUCUAAGAAAGAGUCCAUGCCUUUUCACACAAAUUAGUUUGAUGAACAAAACAAAACCCAUAAUGAUUUGACAUAUUUUGAAAUAGAGGUAAGAAAAAUCUUUUCUUCCUCAGCAGCCAUUUGGAGUUAAAGUAGAUAAAUCACAAGUGUAAUUUGUAUUAUGGAUUGCUCCCUUCUAUUUAAGUGUCUGCGUCAACAUCCUAUGCAACAUGUUGAAAUGUCUUUUGUGAAAAAGCCCAAAACCUAAUUUUCUAAAGAUACUAUCGAUCAUUGUGAGUCGUCACUUCCCUUUCAAAUUGAACUCAAGCAUCUGAUUUAAUUUGUUACAGAUUGUUGCCUUAAUCAUUUUUCACAGGUAAGACUAUGCAGGGAGCAGCAUAGUUUUUAUCGUGUUUUUUUUCUUGAAGCAAUCUUCGAUAAUAUAAUAUACCUCUUUGCACUGCAACUACUACUGAGCAUUCGUAAUCAUAUAAUUUUAAUUUAUUAGAAAAUGUUUUCAGAUUACUAAUAAUAAACAAACUGUGUUCGAA